GAAGGGAAAGAUGGAAUAUAUGUGCGACCCGAUCGGAGAAAACGGAUUUAACCCGCGAAAGUAAAACGAACUCCAAAUUUCCAGGUGAGAAGCAACGUUAAAAUCCACAUAUUUCUCACUCUCACGCUCUCACACUGUCUCCGCCUCUCCAUCUCCACCUCCUGCUCCGCCUCCUCCGCCCAACCACACCAUCGCAGGUGGCGAUCACCCAAUGAGCGACGCUUCCGCUCCGGUCAUCUCCUCCGCCAGCUGACCCUUCACAAAAACAAAAGAAAACAACCUUCAUUUCCGAUCAAAAUUACCAAAACACCACAAUGUCCUCCUCCCGCAAGCUCUUCUCCACUCUCCUACGCACCUCUCUCUGCCGAACCGCCUCCGCCACAAGACCCGCAACCCCUAGAUCCCCCCUCACGCGGCCGUCGGGGUACCUCCUCUCGCGCGCCGCUCACUACUCGACGUCAUCGGCCGCAGCAGCCACCGCGCCUCCCACGCCCGCUUCGCCGUCAGUGAGUGAAAAAAUCACAGAUGAUUUCACCGGAAAGGGCGCCGUCGGCAAGGUCUGCCAGGUGAUCGGAGCCGUCGUCGAUGUUCGGUUCGACGACGGGUUGCCGCCGAUCCUGACGGCUCUCGAGGUCCUGGAUAACUCGAUCCGAUUGGUGCUCGAGGUGGCUCAGCACCUUGGUGAGAACUUGGUGCGUGUUGGCAGAGCCACCCUUGGCCGGAUUAUGAACGUUAUCGGAGAGCCGAUCGAUGAGAGGGGUGAUAUAAAGACCGAUCAUUUUCUUCCCAUCCAUAGAGAAGCUCCGGCUUUCGUUGAACAGGCUACUGAGCAGCAGAUUCUUGUCACUGGAAUUAAGGUUGUUGAUCUUCUUGCGCCUUACCAAAGAGGAGGAAAGAUUGGGCUCUUUGGUGGUGCUGGUGUCGGAAAGACCGUGCUUAUCAUGGAACUCAUCAACAAUGUUGCCAAGGCUCAUGGUGGUUUCUCAGUGUUUGCUGGCGUGGGAGAACGUACAAGAGAGGGUAAUGAUUUGUACAGAGAAAUGAUGGAAAGUGGUGUCAUUAAGCUUGGAGAUCAGCAGAGUGAGAGUAAAUGUGCUCUUGUCUAUGGACAAAUGAAUGAACCUCCUGGUGCCCGUGCUCGUGUUGGGCUCACAGGGCUUACUGUGGCUGAGCACUUCCGAGAUGCUGAAGGACAAGAUGUGCUUCUCUUCAUUGAUAACAUAUUCCGCUUUACUCAAGCUAAGUCAGAAGUGUCUGCCUUGCUUGGUCGUAUCCCCUCUGCUGUCGGUUACCAACCUACCUUAGCUACUGAUCUUGGAGGCCUUCAAGAGCGUAUUACUACAACCAAGAAGGGUUCCAUUACUUCUGUUCAAGCUAUUUAUGUGCCUGCUGAUGACUUGACAGAUCCGGCUCCUGCAACCACUUUUGCCCAUCUUGAUGCCACCACUGUGCUGUCACGACAAGUAUGCAGUCUUCUAUUUUCCAUUAAAUUAUGAAGCAGGAAUGACUUUCUGCUUUUUCGUCUGCUCCUUAUGUUGAGUUGAAGGAGAGCUUUACCAGCUUCCAGGGAGUUUUGGAUGGGAAAUAUGAUGACCUUCCUGAGCAAUCAUUUUACAUGGUUGGCGGAAUUGAAGAAGUCAUUGCCAAGGUGGAGAAGAUUGCUAAGGAUUCAGCUGCAUAAUCACUCACAUUACGUUGGCUCUUCUCUAAAAGGUUACAUUACCAAAGAGCUACAAAAUUUUCUUUUCGGAGAUAUAUAGAUUCGUCAUUCCGGGAAUUAUUUUUGGUAGGUUAAGGGUUGUACAAGGAAGAGAAUUCAGGAAGGGGCAUAUUCUAUUAGGUCCCUUUUUUUUGUCCAAUAAGGUAUGCACUUGCGUGUAUUUAUUUAUCUAUCUAUCUAUCUAUAACCAUUUGAGUUCCACACCAAAGGUUUUCUUCGUCCGGUGUCGGUCCAAGCUUUCAGCUGCUUCUAGGGUUUCUUUCUCGAAUGGAUGAAGGUCGAUCCUGCAUCCUCGGCUCUCAACAAAGUGAGGAGCUUCAAAUCUUCAAACGACUAGUUGCAUUGUUUGUUGUUACUCAGUCGCUGAUCUGCGUUUGAGUACAACAAACAAGCUAACAAAUUUCUUCGAUUCGAGGACGGAGGAGGAUUCUUCGAGUUUCUUGCGGAACAAGUCAAAAAGAUGAUCCAGAUCAAUCUCCUCCCCGAAAUGCUUCCGAAUCAUUCCCUCCAUCCCGGAUCUCACUCCGGUGGCGAAUGCCUUGGGCUGUGGUUUUUCCCCGCUCAAGAUUUCCAUUGUUUCUGGGCUGAAACAUCCAUUAGCUUUCACAAUCGCUUCCACGUCUUCGAGCGAGGCGAUGUAUUGUGGUAUGUUAAAGGAGUCCACUUUCUCUUCAGAAAUGAUACCCUACUCGAGAAACAAAAAUACCAAGGUCAAUUAGUCACCGGUUUAAAAUAACAAGGCAAAUCGCUUCUCUAGAAAGAGCUUGUGCUCAUAAGCCAGAAGUACUUUUAUCAUAAGCACGUUAAAAUGUUUAUUACAAAUCUAAGUGCUUCCUUAAAAAACAUUUGGAAGUGUUUCCUGAA